AUGAAGGGCAAGGCCUCGUUCGUGCUCCUGUCGGCCGCCCCUGCCCGCUGCCUGUCGAGCGGCGUCGCCGUCCUGUGGCCGUGCAUCAACGUCACCCUCCGCUGCGACUGCACCCUCGCCGUCGGCGGCGCCGGCGCCCGCAGCAACCGCUUCCCCACGUCGGGCGCGGCCGUGCCCUUCCCCCUGGCGGCGGCCAACGGCAGCGCCGGCGCCACCUGGCAGACGUGGGGUUACGAGGGAGGCGUGGGCACCACCCUCGGGUCUGACGUCUCGGGGGAGGGCAGCAGCGGAUCGGCCCCAUCAUUCCCUGCUACUUUCGACGGCCUGGCCCGCGCGCUGGCGCGCACACGCCUGACGCCGCUGUCCUACGGCGACGGCGGUUUCGGCAGCUUCACGGCAGCUGACUACGCGUUUAAACGCGCCGGCGGCGCGGGCUUCGAGGUCGCGUCGCGGCGGGACGGGUGCAAGUUCCGCUACCGGCUGGCCGCGGGCGCGUUCCCAUCCUUCAAGCCUGAGGCGUGUGUGGCUGGGUCGCCCGACUGCCCCCGGACCUGCGCACCUGGCCGCACGCGCCUGAAGCUGGAGGGCGCUCUAGGUUCCUUGUGCGCCCCCUGCCCCGCCGGCACGUACGGCCCCGGCGGCGCCGCGGCGCCGCCCUGCAAGCCCUGCCCAGCCGGCGCGGUCGCGCCGCGUGCCGGCGCGGACCGAUGCGAGGCGUGCGGCGCGCGGCUCGCGGCAUCCCAGGCGGCAACGGCGUGCGUGCCGUGCUUUGAUGCGAAGGAAACCUCCAGCACGACCCGCGGCGGCUGGUACACGGCCCUCGACUUUGCCAGCCAGGAGGGCUUCAACCGCUUCGCCGCCUUCCCGGCAGCUUCCGGGGCCCCCGGCUGCAGCUUCCGGGCCUGCCCGCUGGCGUCGCUGCCCGACGCCCUGGGCUACUGCAUCAGCAGCGAGCCGGGCAGCGGGCGCCUGUGCGUCGCGGACGCCGCGCCGGGCGCGCCGCCGCUCGCGAGGGGCGAGGCGUGCGGCGAGUGGAAGACGCCGCAUGAUGGGGAGGCGCCGGCGGCGGGCGGCGCGGCGCUACGGCUGUUGGGCGGCGCGGUAGGCCCGUCGGGCGGCGCGUGCGCGGCGCCUGGCGUCAAGGCGCUGGCGGCGAAGCUGGCGAAUCAGAUGACGUGGGCGGGGUUCCAGUACAGGUUCAGAGGGACCCCGAUCGAUUCCGGCGUGUUCUGGGAGGUGCUGGGUGGCGGCGACCUGGGCGGCCUGCUGGGGCAGCCAAGCCCUUGCACCGGCUCACGCGCAGGGCCCGGGGUGCGGCCAGAGCUGACACUGGCCGGCCAGCCACUGGGUGAGUAA